AUGAAGAAUUUAACUACAAAACAAUUGCAAAGAAUAGAAAAAAAGAAAAAAAAGAUGGCUGCACUUCUGGAAAUUACUAAAUUGAAUGAUAAGGAUAGAGAAGCAAGAGCAUUUGCUCUCAAAAAAGCUUCUGAAGAAGCAGAAAAGUCCAGUGACACAGAUAGUAGUGAAAUUUCUAUGGAAGAGAGUUCUAGACGUAAGCGACCUUGUAGCGAUCAUCUCAAAGAGACUUACUUGGAAGAUUCUACUGUAACAGUAGAAGUAAAAACUAUUACAGAAAAAUCAAAUUCACUGGCUAAUAAAAAACCUAGGUUAAGUGGAGAUGAAUAUCUAAAAUUAAAGCAAGAAUUAAGAGAACGUAAAAAAGCACUUAAGGCAAUACCUCGGUUUCAUUUGAAAGCAGUCGGUGAAAGUGCUAGUAUAAGUAUUAAUAUUAAAAGCGAGAAUAGGAUUCCUAUUUUCCUUAGUGAUGUGCAACAUUUAUUAUUAUACUCCUUACAUGGACAUCAUUCGCCAUAUAUGCCAACAAGGUGGUGCCAUCUCGAAAAAUACAAUAAGGUCACACAUACAGUGGUUCUCGUUGUUGAAGGACUCUCUGUGUACCACUUUAUGGCAUUUGAAAGUAUGUUUUCACAUAUAACAUCAAAAUUAGAGCAUCGUGUGGAAGUGGUAACACCCGCAGUAUAUGGAGGAUCGAUAAUAGAAGAUUUAGCUGCAGUUCCUAUAACCGGGAUACAGAGUGAUAAAUUGAUUAAACAGUAUGGUUCACUAGAGGCUGCUUUACACAGUACAGGAGAUGUAUUAAAAUUAUUAAGGACUGUUUUUCCAAUGUAUUGCUCCGGUAGAAUAAACACUGAUUCAGUUAAAAAAGUAUUUGAACUACCCGCUACAGACAAAUUUCCCAGGACACAACUACUGUUAUCGUUAUGUCAGAUGGUAGAAGAAAAUUAUCCAGUACCACUACGGGGUGAAUUAUCAAAAAAAUAUGAAAAUUACAUAAUGACGAAAGACAUGUAUUUUGAAGCGACUCCAAGAUCUCCAAUGUUUGGCUUAGAUUGUGAAAUGUGUAGAACAACAACCGGAGAAUUGGAAUUGACGCGAAUAUCUCUCGUUGAUGAAAGUAUGAAUAUUAUUUACGAUAGUCUGGUUAAACCGGAUAAUCCUAUCACGGAUUACCUCACUCGAUUCAGCGGUAUAACAAAGGAAAUGUUAAAGGAUGUCACAACCACCUUAUCUGAUGUUCAGCACACCUUAAAGAUGAUGCACCCAUACAUUAUUGAUACAUCUGUAAUCUUAAAUAUUACUGGCGAUAGGUACAGAAAAACAAAGUUACAAACAUUAGUGAGAGAAUUCCUUGGCGAGAGAAUACAGGAAGAUAAAUCAGGACAUUGCUCAACUGAAGAUUCAAAGGCCUCGAUGAAAUUAACAAAAUUAAAAUUAGCAAACAGUGUAGAUUAUGGAGAUGCCGUAUUACUUGGACGAUGCGACAUGGAAAUAUUGAAAAUGGAAGCAGAAAAACGUAAAGAUCAGGAUCAAAUGGCGAACGUGGAAGUACGUAGAUAUGCCACAUCAAUUUUCAAACAUGUAACGAAGAACCAAAAAACAGCUGCGGUUGUGGGUAAUGAAGAUAUUAUGAACGAAUACUCUAAGUACUUGACUUCUUCUAUCAAUAUUAUGGAUGACGAAAACUUCGAUAAAAACGACCAGGUGCGAUUUGUAGUUGCGGAUAGUGAUAAACAAGCCGUAAAUCGGGCCGCUCAAAUAGCAAUAGAACACGCUUUUACUUUAUGUCAUGUUAGGAUAGAAGAAAAGAAAUUGAAAAACGAUCAAAUGGAGAAAACAUUUCGUACGGUGAAUAAAUGGAUACACAAACUGUGGCAACAUAUGGCAGUAAAUGGAUUAGCAUGUAUCAUAUUCACGGGAGAAAAUAAUGCAACAAAUGGUGCCUGUUUCUUGAAUUUAAAGGGAGAAAUACCUGAGAACUGCCCGAUACGUGCUUAA